AUGUUGAACAUUCCGGUGCAGCAUUGUCGAGUCGAUAUCCCAGCCAUCCCAGCUGUUUUCGAAUUCUCUAGAUUUUAUUCAGUGGCUUUCUUACUUUGGCAAACGUUCGAUCACUACAAUAACAGUACAAGUGCCGUCAUCCGCGAUCCGCGGCUGCUUCAUGUGUCGCCCACAACGCCUCGUGCCGGCCUGAAAUGCGCGGGCGCACAAGCGCGCGCGGUAAUGCGGCCGCAGCUACAUUGCAUCUGUGAAAACCACAACGAAUCAGCCUCUCGACGACGUUCCAGUUCUUUCUAUACACUUCUACAUAGACGCAUUUUCCAAGUUGCACUCUUCGUUCACAUCGUGUCGCUCUUUGCAUGCGCUGCAGCAAGCGGAAGUCUUGCAUCGCAUAAGACGGAUUCAGCCCCGUGUCCUGUCGCAAGUAUAUUGCAUGUGGAACGACGCAACAAAAGCGACCAAUGUUUGGUGUGGUCGGAGCAGUCGGUGUCUGAAAUGUGUGCCCUUAAGCCAGACGAGCGCAUCCGUCGACUUCGUACAACCUUCCUAUUCUCUGACCUUCAACCGAUUUCUUUAUAUUCGGUGUUUGCUGCCGGCUCGAAUAGCGAAGGGUGGUCGAGACGCCUUCUCUCUGGAGUGCGCGGCAGCGACUGUGUUCGAGAGAGUGGUGAACGAUGCAAUGCAUGCUUCAAUCGUCUUGCGACAGCGUUACGACGUCUUGAUGACGCGUAUCGAUCUUUUGAUCAAACACUACUUCGUUUUGACUGCAUGCCCGCAGUUGAUACAGCUAGCGCUACACGACCGUUCUCGCCAAAUGGAAGUUGUACGACAUGUCGCUCUUGGUAUAAGCGAUGGCUACUCGUUCAAACAGUUUCUAUAUGGCGUGAACCACCUUGCGUGAACUGGUGUUAUUAUGCUCAACUCGCUUGCCCGCACCUUGCCACAUCGAAAGUUGUCGAUUACGCUGGUCAUCCAUCCUUCCAGUGCAGAGAUCUGGAUAUUCCAUUACCACAGGAGCCAGAAGCGUCCAGGUGUGGAUGUGUGCACCCAUGCGAUCUUCGUGGUAUCGUCACUGAUGGUGACAUGGCGCGCAUGGCCAUGUCCGGCCACGACUUCUACCCGUCGCGACAGCACUGCGAGUCGCGACGGCGUCAGUGCGCUCGGACCACCGCUCAUGACCGGCGCGCGGCUCGGAUCGCCGUCAAUUCCGACUGUUGCGCGGCACGAGCGCUUAUCGUGGCCGUCAUGAUCGCUGUAGCUGUGAUACAAUAAUGAUACUGGUCGAAUCCCUGCUUCCCCUGCGGUGCUUGUCUGGUCUCUCGUGUAUCACUCCUGAAAGGCUCUUCUCCGUUCACUUAGAAGCUGAUUGGCUUCGUCGUUUCUGAACUCGUAGACAUUGAACAGAGUAUAUGCCUGAGUGCUCAGAGGCAAAUAUCUAGGUUGCCGAGCCGAGUACAGCACUACCCGAACUCGCACGUACUCCUCGGUCAGCCUCUCUAUUAGGAAAUGAAUUGUAUUAUUUCUUGGCUUAGAUCCCUCAUCAACCUAUCUUCUGUUUUGUGCCUAGAGUUUAUGAGUUUGCUUCACAUUUUAUGAUUCCACGAACUAGGAUUAUUUGUGUAGUUCGCUGUUAGGAGCGUUUCAAGUGUCACAACUGAUACCCGGUCGAAGAUAUCGUUUUUGAGCUGGUUACUCAAAAGACUCCUUAUCAGAGCAAGGACUAACUAUGCGCUAGACCCAGCUCAAUCGCAAGCACACGCAUUCAACACUCAGCCCUGAGUGUGUAGCGUGCGCUUUCCUUAUCUUGAGUUUUUGGGAUUUAUUUUCUACAGUAGAAAACAGACAAAGACACACUUGACAGUCCUAUGCUCCCUUCGGUGUUCAGUAUUCCCUGCCAAAGAAAGCUGAUCCUCUCAACAAAAUUUUUCUUUCGCGUGAAAUUCGUAUGAAAUUGUCAUCUUUAUUGUACUUUUAUUGUGAAUAAUAACAUGAUUGUAUUGGAUUGUCUUGAUUUCUUUAUGGUAUUAUUAAU